AUGGAUCUUGCAUCAUGUGCUACCAGUGAGACAAUCCGAGUAUCAGCGUUUAUAUUGCCGCGCAUAUUGAUUUAUGGCGGGCGCGUCGGAUCAAUCGCGACAGCAUGGCCACACGUGAGGGACUUGUUACUCGCGGACCCGGACUUUCGGGCAACGGAUUCAGUCGAGAUUCUGCUGGGCGCAGACGUGUAUGCAGAGAUCGUGAAGGAUGACCUCCGCAAGGGCAAAACUGGCACGCCAGUCGCCCAAAGGACUUCUCUGGGCUGGAUUUUGUCGGGAUUGAUGUGUGGCGCCGGGCCGCGGAGGUCUGCCUUAUCGCAUCAAUGCUCGGUCGCCGAGGACCUGAGCGCGCUGGUAAGGUCCUUCUGGGAACAAGAGGAGCCGCCGCAACCUGUGGUUUCACUCACUGACGCGAACCGCCGUUGCGAGGAGCAUUUUGCGCGCACGCAUCUCAGACUUGCGUGCGGGCGAUACAUGGUGCGCCUGCCUACCCUACCCAUUCUGCCGUCACUGGAGGACUCGCGGCGGGCGGCAUUGCGCACCCUGAUCAGCAUGGAGCGCAAAUUCGCCUCCAAUACUGAUUUCCACACCCUAUACUCCGACUUCAUGCAGGAGUACGAAACACUGCGGCACAUGUCCCUUGCGUCGCCACCGGAACAAGCGAAGCGUUCACGGAUCUGCUACUUGCCACACCAUGAGGUCACCAAGAAGACUGAAGACGUAGCAAAAAUCCGAGUCGUCUUCAACGGAUCCGCACGCGUUGCCUCCGGUGACGCUCUCAAUAAGGUAUUGUUGACGGGACCGAACCUCUUGCCAGCGUACUCAUCCAUGAGGACGACCGCGAUCUUCAGCGCAUACUGGAGGGCGAAUCCAGCUGAGCCGAUCAGGGAAUAUCGGCUCAAUACGGUCACGUACGGCAUCACCUGUGCGCCGUACCUUGCUAUCAGAACAUUGCGGCAGCUGGCGGACGAUGAAGAAAGCCGCUUCCCCGAGGCGGCGACGGUGCUCCGGCGGGACGUCUACGUCGAUGACGUCCUCACGGGGGCCAAUACGGUGGCUGAAGUCAGGCAAUUACGUGAUGAUCUGUUGCAGCUCUGCAUGGCGGGAGGCUUCCCGUUGAGAAAGUGGGCAGCUAACAACGAGGAGUUGUUGCGGGAGAUCCCGGCGAGCUACCGGCAGAAAGGUCUGUUGGAAUGGGAGUCUGACAUAAGCCAUUUCACCUUGGGUUUACAAUGGCACCCGCGGCAGGACGCAUUUGCCUAUCGGGUACGGCCAUAUGAACAGACAAGUGUGACGAAGCGUGUCGUACUCUCGGAGACGGCGCGACUCUACAACCCGCCGGGCUGGCUGGCGCCACUGGUCGUACGAGCGAUCACGAUGCAGUCUCUAUGGCUAUAA